AUGGCGCCUCCGACGGAGUCAGGCCUCUCCAGGCCCUCGGCAGGUUUCGACCCAGAUUGCGACCCCCAAUUGACCGAGACUAUGGCUCCACAGCCUGUCGAACGCGUCCCCUCACAACGCUCCCAGUGGUAUACAUCAGAACAACCGUCCUCCCAAAACGAAACCGCCACGCCCACACAUCCCUCGCGAACCCCAGAAGACCUUGAGAAAGAUGCAGAUCCAGCUUUGACCGAGACUAUCGCGCCGCAACCCGUCUCCCUGGUUCCCUCCCAGCGACAAAGAUGGUACUCCCCCGAGCCCGAAGCCGUCGCGCCAGGACCUGCGCCAGUGUCUGCGCCAGAACCUACACCAGCACCAGCAGGCAAAGCACCCUCCGAACCACUCUCCAAACACGCAACCCAGCUCUACACAAUAUCCUACCUUGUAUUCUUCUCCCUCCUUGGCACCCUCGCCCGCCUCGGCCUCCAAGCCCUCACUUUCUACACAGGCGCCCCCGUCGUCACAGGCGUGCUCUGGGCCAAUGUCACGGGUAGUCUAGUCAUGGGCUUCCUAAUCGAAGACAAGAAUAUCUUCCAACAAGAAUGGGGCGCUACAACCCCACCUCCCAAAGACGCCCAUGAGGCUGCACAACAUGCGAAAAAGCACAAGGCUGUGAAAAAGACUAUCCCGCUUUACAUCGGUCUGACAACCGGCUUCUGCGGCUGUUGUACCUCGUUCUCGAGCUUUAUGCGGGAUGUCUUUCUCGCGCUGGCAAAUGCUCUGCCUGAUCCGUCUUUACCGGCGGGUACGGGAAUCGCACCCCGUAACGGUGGGUACAGCUUCAUGGCGCUCAUCGCUGUGCUUCUCCUCACCGUCUCGCUGAGCCUGUCCGCGUUGAUCUUCGGCGCUCAUCUCGCGCUCGCGCUGGUGCGGGUCAUGCCUACCAUGCCAUUCGCAUUCACGCGCCGCGUGGUAGAUCGCGUAAUGGUCUUCCUAGCCUGGGGCUGCUGGCUCGGCGCCGUUUUCCUAGCGAUCUGGCCGCCGGACCGGCACGGCGACGACCACUGGCGUGGACGGGCUGUAUUCGCCCUCGUUUUCGCCCCGUUGGGCUGCCUAGGUCGAUUUUACAUCUCGAUGCUGUUGAACAGCCGGCUUCCGUCGUUCCCACUAGGCACAUUUGCAGUGAAUAUGCUGGGCACGUUGGUUGAAGGGUUAUGUUAUGAUUUGCAGCAUGUUUCGGGGCUAGGUGCUGUGGUGCCUGCGGCGUGGACGGGGUGUCAGGUCUUGCAGGGUGUCAUGGAUGGGUUUUGUGGGAGCUUGACGACUAUUAGUACGUGGGUGGCGGAGUUGAAUGGGGUUGCCAAGAGGAGGCAUGCGUAUGUUUAUGGGGUGGUGAGUGUUGCAGGGGGAUUGGGGUUGUUGGUGGUUAUUAUGGGGAGUUUGUUGUGGACGAGAGGGUUUGAUGAGCCUGUUUGUGGGUGA